UUUGUUAUGUCCGCGUUAACGAACUUCAACGUACACUCGUAUAUUCGUCUAACCACUUCUGUCAACAUUUACGUUACACGAAACCCCACGACUCGUGACAAUGUAAUUCGCACGUCGUUACUCGCGACGAUCCCGUCCAAAAAUGUUCGCACAUGAUUAUGUGGAGGUCAUCAAAAAGGCUGAUCAUCAACUGCUUACAAUUUGUCAUUAGAUGCGGCCGCAGUAACUUCGAUGCGGAUGAUUUAGAUGACAUUUCGGAUUACGACGUCUUGGAUGUUCCUAUGCAUUUUCAGCCGCAAACGUUCGCGCUGCCAAGGCAACCGCGCCAGGACGAUCUCCAGCAUCGACCGGACGCGCCGGGAGCGAGGAGGACCUCGCCGCCGGAAGUAGUGACUAAGGUGCUGCAAGCUCUUGAAGAGAUGGGCGAGCCCGUGGGACCGUCGACGGUGGAAAAGAUGCGCGAGGCUUCGUCGAAGUCCCUUGGAUACCUGCUGCAUUCGGGAACAUCGUCGACGAGGACGUCGAUGAGCUAACAGAUUCGCCACUUCGCAGUUUCGAUGAACUUCUGCCCUGUGUGGAGUCCAGAGUUCUUGGUACCUCAGCCACUCGGGACUCUUGUACGUGCGAACUCUCAGAAGAAGCGAACGAUUUUCGUCCAUAGAAUAUUCGACGUUCGUUCUUGUGAUUUUACUUUUUUCUCCCUUUCUCUUAUACGGACGUCUAAGUCUUAAUUGUAAUAAUAUUAUAUACGCGUGUAGAAAUAAACUGCAUACGAUACUUGAAAGAUCCGGAAACUUUGCAGUUUAGAUUCCUUAUCGAGAAUCAUUGAUUGCGUUUUUCAUAUGCGAUUGUAUAUUUGUCUGGCUAUAUGUUGCAUAUUGUUGUAUUUACUUCACCGAAAAAUGUAUCAACGGCGAAAGCUAUUACAAUAAAAUCUUGUUACGACAAACUCGGUCCAAUUUCCGAGUUGAAUGAAUUCUUCGCAUUAAAAUUUCGUUAAAUUUCUGAUUGACCGUUGAUUGUAUUGAUGUAAAAAAAUAGCUUCAUUUUU